AGGAGGCGGAGGGGAGGAGCUCGAUCUUGGAUGAGAUGAGCAGAUGCGAUGCCACGCCACGCCCCAGACUCUCGGCGGGACCACAAUUUGCCCGCAUCGUUUUGCCCCAUCAUCAUCCACCAGUGAUGCGCGGGUACACGCCGGCGUACCGACUAAUCCACCGUAGCGUGGCAGGCUAGACGGCGAAAAAAGGGCCGUCUCCAUCACCUGCCCUUCCCGACUGCAUCCCAUCUUCCUAUUAGCAAUCUCACCUGGCCUCUGUCGUAUAUUCUUGGUGCUUGCGGUCUUUCUGCUUUCUCAUCAUUCACGUCACCAUCCGAGUCUGUCCGAGUCCUUCACUGCAUCACCACCUCGAGUCCUCUCCGAUGCCUACAACAUGCGCGCGCCACCGCGUCUGACCAUCUCUAAUACUCCUACAUCUCCAACUGACUCACACCUACUCGGCAUGCUGUAAUGCGCAAACAUGGGCGUGCACACCCAUGACACCUGAAAAUGUCCGACAACCAUGAUCACUUCCAAGGCCGCAGCCCCGCCGUCCUCUCCGUCACCCUCCUCUUCGCCACCCUCUCCACCAUCUUCGUCGCCUUGCGCCUCAUCUCGCGCGCCGCGAUUGUGAAGAAAGUCGCCAUCGAUGACUACUUCAUCGUCCUGGCCUGGCUCAUUGCCGCCGGCAUUACCUCCGCCAUCUGCUAUGGCUGCGCGUGGGGUCUCGGGCGGCAUGAGACCAGCAUCCCUCCCGACUGGCAGGAGAAUCUGAGAAAGGCGGACUACGCUUUCAGCAUCAUGUACCAGCCUGCGCUCAUGGCGUUCAAGACGUCCAUCCUCGCCUUCUACCUCUCCCUGCCAACGAUGAAUCGACAGUUCAAAUGGGCGUGCAUCACCACUCUCUUCGCCGUCAACGCCGGAGGUCUGGCGCUAUGUCUGGUCACCGUGUUCCAGUGCAGUCCAGUCGGAGCGGCCUUCCAAGUCCCCGAACCAGCCAACUCGCACUGCACCGACGUCAUCACCAUCUACCUCUCCUCUGUUCCGCUCAACAUGAUCACCGACCUGGCCCUGCUCUUCCUGCCCAUGCCUCUGCUAACCGAACUGCGCCUCCCGCGAAAGCAAAAGAUCAUCCUCAUCAUCACCUUCAGCUUCGGCGCCUUUGUCACCAUCGUCGAUGUCAUCCGCAUCGUCUACCUGCAAUCCGCCGCGCAGACUCGACUGCGUGAGAUCUUCGACGGCACCCAUAAUACUUCGAGCUCCACCGAACACACCGACUUUAGCUGGUACGCAGCCCUGAGCUACAUGUGGUCCGCCAUAGAGGUCAACGUAGGAAUCAUGGUCGCUUGCGUCCCCGCCUUGAAACCGCUCGUGUCGCGAUUUCUGCCGCACAUGCUACGGGAUCGGGGCGAUGCGCGGGGGUCAUUCGAAGCCCCAGGGAAAGCACCCUCGCCUCUUCAUCUUUCGGCGCCGGAGGCGGAGAAUGAAGCGCGGGAGGAUUCUGGCGUAUCAGACGGUGCUGAUGAUGGGCCGAUGGGCAUGCUCGACUUUCUCACCACACCGGAAAUGACGGAGCUUCCAAUGGCCACGCAGACCAUGACCAGGCAGGCAAACAGCAGCCGCGACACCCGCCGACCCUCGGUCAAUUUUUUCGAUUUCGUGGAUAUGGGCAACAAGAAGAGUCUAGUGGAGUUGAGCGUGCGGGAGUCCGUCUUCCCUAUCGCCAUGGUCACCGUGCUGUUCUUCAUCUGGGGCUUCGAAUAUGGGCUCCUCGAUGUCUUGAAUCAGCAAUUCCAGCGGGUUGCCCAUAUGACGCCUACGCAGAGCACGGGUAUUCACAGCGCCUACUGGGUGGGCUAUUUCUUCGGACCGAUACUCGUUGGCCGGCUGGUGUUGAAGCACUGGGGUUUCAAAGCCUGCUACCCCGUCGGCCUAGCAAUCUACGGCUGCGGAACGCUCAUCUUCUGGCCCGCCGCCGUCCUCACCUCCUUCCCCGCCUUCAUCAUCACCAACUUCAUCGUCGCCUUCGGCCUGUCCAUCCUAGAAGUCUCCGCAAACCCCUUCAUCAUCCUUUGCGGUCCGACAGAGUACAGCGAAAUCCGGCUAAACUUCAGCCAAGGCGUGCAAGCAAUCGGCAGCGUCGUCGCACCCCUAAUCGCAGAGAAAGCCUUCUUCCGCCAAAGCCUGCACGCCCCUUCCCUCGUUGACACCCAAUGGGCCUACCUCGGCAUCUCCCUCUUCACCAUCUCCCUCGCCGUCGCAUACUACUACAUCCCCCUGCCGGAAGUGAGCGACGUCGAGCUAGCCAACGCCGCCGAGCGCCUCGACGGCGCCAAUCACGCCAAAAUCCGCGGCUACAGCGUCAUCUGGCUCACCCUGGCCGUCGGCGUCUUCGCCCAGUUCUGCUACGUCGGCGCGCAGGAGGUCAACGGCACCACCUUCGACGCCUACCUCACGCUCAUCGCGCCCACACGCAAUACGGCCAACUACAUGGCGAUAGCGCACACGGCCUUUGCCGUCUCGCGCUUCAUGGCGGCGGGUUUGGGCUUCUGGGUGAAACCGCGCGUCCUCAUCCUCACCUGCUUCCUCGCCUGUAUUGUCUUCGAAGCCCUGGCCAUGAACUUCUCCGGCGACACGGGGACCGCGAUGAUCAUGCUCGUCUUCUUCUUUGAGGGUCCGCUGUUCUCGUUGAUUUUCGCGCAGGCGCUGCGCGGCAUGGGCCGCUACACGAAGAUUGCGAGCGUGUGCAUCACCGCCGCGGCCAGCGGGGGGGCAGUCUUCUCUCCUAUUUCCAAUCACCUCACCAACACCAGAGGAAGCGGAGGCGGCGGCGCCAUGUUCGCUCUCGUCGUCGGCACCGCGGUCUUCGCUGCAGGCACCCUCUUCCCCCUUUGGCUAAACGGGAGUCCGCAGGCGAGGAAGCAGUGCGAUCCCGUUAUGAACUCUUCGUCAGCAUCGGCGCCGACAGCCGCCGGCCCCGCUUCCGAGAAGGCGAGCGGCCUCUUCGCGUCCCUGCAUGUGGGUAGGCAACGAGGCGGCGAGGGCAGGAGGAGUGUGGAGUCCAAGGAGGAAUCGGGUAAUGAAUGAUGACAAACACGACGAGGAGAGUAGGCUCCGGAGAGUCCGGGAUUGGUGUUUUUUGCAGCGUUCCGAGCGAGUGUGCGUUUCGGGGUUUUUUUGUUGACGCGAUCACGGUCGGUCUGCUUUUGUGUGCGCGGAUAUGUACAGCUCGACCUAGCCCUCUGUACAUCCUCACGUCUUCGCUGAGC